AUCAUAGCUUGUGAUAUCUGAAGCCCUAGAAAGAAUUAAUACAUCUGAUAGGCUAUUUGUCGUUUGCAUGCUUCUGCAAUGGCUGAGUUGACAACUUAUGGUUUGGAUGAGGAAAGAGAUUUUCUAGAUGUAAUUUCGUAGGUUACGGAGUACACUCAUCUGAUCCUUAUCUCAGAUACUUAUCAUACAGAAUGAUUGACAUAUAUAAAGGGGACCACCAAGAUAUCUAUUGACUGAUUUUAUACACGACUAUAAAAGUUAGGAAAAACUUGCUCUUGUGAAGUAUAAAUAAGAGGAAAACCUCUUGGGUUCAUAUCUUUUAAGGUGGGAUGUCGUGAUAUUUAUCAUUUGAAAAUAUACAUAACUGAUUUGAAAAAUAUAUAUAUGUCUACAUAUGAUUCACUACUCAACGUCUUCAUAUAAUCAUCAAUUAUAUAAUUUUAUAUUUUAUUUAUAAACACCAAUUAAUUCUGAUUAACCAAUUAACUGUAGGCAGUAAUUACCAGCCAAUCAGAUGUUAAGAGAGACAGUUAGGUAAUAAACUUCGGAGUACACUGGUGAUCUACAUUAUGACCUUGAACUCUUGAAAUUAAAAUGAAGGCAUGUUGUUUAUUUCGUUACUACCUCCAUAAAUAUUGACAUGGUUAUUAUUCUCUGUGUGUCUGUGUGUUAUAAUACCAUAUAAUGUAUGGAUAUAAUCUGACCGAUAUCAGAGGAAAUCACAGAUGAAAUUGGUGCAUUCCUUUAUCUACUUGGAGAUAUACUCAAAUAAAAAUUCUACUCAAAUUUAUUGAUGGUACCCAAGUGUUGAUUAAACGUUUACUUUCAUGAUUAAUCAAAUGUCGACAGCUGUUCAGCCAAUUGUUGUAUCAUAGCACUUCCUCUUUUACAUUUCAACAGUGAUCAUGCCUAUGCCUUCAUUCUCAGAUCCACAAAUGCAUCCACCGUCAUCAGCAGCAAUGCCUAUACCUGUCACAUUGACUAUUUGGGUAUACAUUUUUAAAAUGGGAAAGCAAAUACUUUCAAGAAAAUUCUUGCUGAUUUUAAUAAUUUUCGUUAUAAUGUAUGCAGUAUACAUAUCGAAAAUUGAUUUUUUGCAAACUUUUAAUGAAGCCGAUAAGUUGGAGAAAGAGUUGUUUCGUAAGACAGAAUUAAUUUUCAACGUGUCCAGAACUAACUCUACCACCAGUCAUAGUAAUAAUAAUAAUAAGGAUAGUAAUUAUACUAGUUAUCAACGGGAAAACAAGCCAAAUAAUCCUAAAAGAUCUUUAGGUUCACUUGUGACAAAUCUAUUUGAUGAACAAAAUUAUGUGCUUAAAAAGAAAUUCAAUAUUAACAAUCUAGUUCUAUUUCCAUUUGAAACGGAUAACCCAUACACCGAUGACAGGAUAUUAGCUCAAAUGAGUUAUGUACCAGUACAAGUAGUAGAAGCUCGUAAAACUGGUCAAGUUAAGAAGAAACGCAUUCAUUAUUACGACAGAAGUGGUUUUUCAAUUCCCAAUCUAUCCAUUUGUCCUGUUAAUGAAUGUGAUAUUGUCUAUGGCAACAGUGAUAUCCAGAAAGCAGAUUUGGUUGUUUUUGAGGGUGGACAGUUAUCCUUAACGUUCACCAAACCAAAAAAUCAAACCUGGAUCCUUUAUCAUCUCGAAUCACCGGAGAAUUCUGAUUUUGAGGGAUUCAAAGACAAGAUAAAUUUCACUGCUACAUACACCUUGGAUUCAACUUUAGUUACACCUUAUUAUAAAUACAUAUCAUACAAAGACGUUCAGCGGAAGGAUUUCAACAACAGUACUCAAUUAGUCAAAGAUUAUUCACUAGGAAAAACUAAAAUGGUUGCAUGGUUUGUAAGCAAUUGCCUUUCACACAGUCCACGACUUCGAUAUGCUGAAACACUGAAAAAAUAUAUCCAGGUUGAUAUUUAUGGUGCAUGUGGCGCACUGGUCUGUGAAAGAACGAAUGAAGAAUGUUUCAAACUGCUCAAGAAUGACUACAAAUUCUAUUUAAGCUUUGAAAAUAGUAUAUGCCAAGAUUAUAUUACUGAGAAAUUAUUUUUGAAUGGCUUAAAAAAUGCAGUUGUCCCGAUUGUAAUGGGUGCCUCGAAAGCGGAAUAUAUGCGAUCAGCUCCAUCGAAUUCAUUUAUUCACGUGGAUGAUUUCAGUUCAGUUAAACAAUUAGCCGAUUAUCUACACUAUCUUGAUAAAAAUACCACAGCGUAUAAUGAAUACUUUCAAUGGUUAAAGCAUGGAACACUUGAUUUUAACACAUUCACUGAUUGUCGUCUAUGUAUGUUGGCGCAUGAAAUUGACAAUCUCAAAGAUGGUCAUUGGUAUACAAAUAUAGGUGAAUGGAGGAGUGAUCAGUGCAGAAAUCGUGUACAGCCAAAUAUUUAA